AUGGACGGCAAGGAGCAGGUGCCACAGGUUUACUUUACCACGAAAGCAACGGCCAUCUACUUGAUUACGGCCGACUUGGGCGCCUUGCACAACACCCUGAACAUCACGGAUAGAUGCUAUCGGCGGGUUCUGCUCAUCUUGGAGUCCGCCCCACUUGAUCAACCUCUCCUUGGUCGUGGGGACAAGCUCGGACGUCACGUCGAAGUCACAGUCCGCAUAGAACUUUACGCGGUCGGCGUGGACGCGGUGGACGGCAUGAAUCAGCAGGUUCUUGCCGUUGUUCACCCAGUUGCUGGCCACUUUGAUGAGGACAGCUGGACGGUAUCAUUUGGUCACCAACUUCAGACGCAAGUGAGCCUAUAUGUCCUGGUUGAGGAUAUAGCCCCCCACUACGAACUGGGCUAUCUGCCGCAACACGAUCUCCACUGUGCAAUUCACCCAUGGUCAGCGGGCAGUCGUAAAGCGAUGGUGGGCCCCCAGGACGUGUUGGUGCUGCGCGCUCACUUGCCUCUUGAAAUGGUCGGAGACUCACUCGUAGCACACGCCGAACACGGGGACCUACUUCAGCACAGCAGGCAGUCGUGA